AUGACGCUGGAAUCUAGAAAACCAGCACGUGUCCAGAUUCUUCUUACUGGAUCCCAGUAUCACGCACACGACUGUGUAGACGUUGUCAUACAAGGAACCAAAAAAGAUGUCAUCCCAGUGCUUGACUACUUGGAUCCAGAAAAUUUAAUUGCAAAUGAACACACUAAGCAAUUGCAUAAUAAAAACUGGAUUCCAGUGUCAAGCACUGGAAUGACAAAUACUCCGAGUUUUGCAGUGCUUGACCACCCCAACCCUCAAGAAAUAUACAGCGAAAUAGUCAGCAGGUUUUAUCAAUUCAAACAGCCUAAGUAUGUUGCUGCUGUAACGGGUACGAAUGGUAAGACUUCAGUAGUAGAAUUUUGCCGUCAGAUCUGGCAGAAUGCUGGCUAUAAUGCUGCGUCUAUUGGAACACUUGGAACAUGCAUCAAUAAUGGUAGAAAAGGUAAUAGCAACAGUCUUACAACUCCAGAUGCGGAUGACCUUUACGCAACAUUACGUGAUGUAAGUAAUAAAAACGUAGAGCACUUAGCAUUGGAGGCUUCAAGUCAUGGGAUUGAUCAAUACAGAAUCCAUGGAUUAAAGUUGAGUGCUGCAGCUUUUACUAAUUUCUCGCAAGAUCAUUUAGAUUACCAUAAAAAUCUUGGUGAAUAUUUAGAAACUAAAAAAAGGUUGUUUUACGAGGUAUUACCAGAAGGAAAAACAGCGAUUUUAAAUGCGGUUAUAGGUGAAUACGGCGCAUUGCUUAAAAUAGCUGAAAAACGUAGCAACAAAGUUAUCACCUAUGGGAAAAAAGACUCUGAUAUUACUUUGUUAAAGCAAACACCAGCACCAAACGGUCAACAUCUUACAAUUAAAAUUGGCGAUGAAAUUUAUGACAUGUUUUUUCCGGUUCUGGGGCAAUUCCAAGCAUAUAAUCUAUUGUGUGCAAUGGGUAUAGUUACCUCGUCUGGACUGAAUUACAGGGAAAUAUGCGUAGAAAAACUCGUUUCUCCACCAGGAAGAAUGGAAAAAGUGAAACCUUUUGCAUUUGUGGAUUACGCUCAUACUCCAAGUGCGCUUAAACAAGCCCUAUUGUCUUUAAAAUGGCACUUCAAUAAAAAAAUAAUUCUAGUUUUUGGUUGUGGUGGCAAUCGUGAUCAAACAAAACGCGCAGAAAUGGGUAGAGUAGCACAAAUGUAUGCAGACAGAGUGAUAAUCACGGAUGACAAUCUGCGUGAUGAGAAUCCUGCAGAAAUUCGUCGUGGUAUUUUACUACAUUGCCCUGAUGCGCUAGAGAUAGAAGAUAGAAGAGAAGCUAUAGAGAAAGGAGUAGAUAUUGCCUAUAACGAGGGUAUGAUUCUGCUAGUUGCAGGAAAGGGGCACGAAAGAUUUCAAAUCAUAGGGAAUCAAACCUUUGAGUUUAGUGAUGUUGAGGUUAUUAAAAAUCACGUUUUAACAUGCUGA